ACUGUUUCAGUGUCACCGAGUGAGAGCACUGGAGCAUUCAUCUUUAUUCUUUUACUUUCCUCUUUAUUUCUUUUUCUUUUCGCUUGUGCUGGACGGCCAAAAACUCAGUGUUAUAAGAGGCAUCAAUGCCAGCUUCGGUGUGAAGAAGAGAUUAUAGUAAAGGUUAGAUCCGAAGCUCUAUCAGCCUUCUUAGGUCGAAGCAUGGCUAUCAAGUUGAAGCUGUUGAUUGACAAGGAGAAAAACCGAGUGGUGCUUGCCGAAUCCGACAAGUACUUUGUUGAUACCCUCUUCAGCUUCUUGACAAUACCAAUAGGUGCUAUAGUGCGACUCAGCAGCCAGAAAUCCAAUAUUGGAUGCAUGGAUGCAUUGCAAGAGAGCAUAAAGAAUAUCGAUUCUCAGUAUCUACAGACAGAAGCUGUUAAGGAGAUGUUGUUCUGCCCGAGAAGUACAUGGGAAGCUCGAACCAAUGAUCUAGCACUAAAUGUCGAUACGGAGCUUACAAGGUAUUAUGUAUGUGCAUCAUGUUACGCAGGGUCCCACCCCUUGAUCAGUACUGUUAAGAAUGUCCGAUGUCGCUGCGGAAAAGUGAUGGGUAAAGAGGUAGUUGUUAAUAAGCCAGAUCCGGUUACGAACGGUAUCAAUGAGGGAGUCUUUGUGAAGAGGACAAUGAAGUUCAUGAUAGGCGAUGAUCUACGGGUGGGCCCCAUUUCCACGAUGACCUUCAUAUCACUACUUGACAAGCUUGGAGUCAGAGACAGGGCGGCUCUAGAGGAGAAGAUUGUGGAUGUGGGUGCCGAUGAGGCAUUGAAUAUACUGAGACGAAUGUUGGUCUCCAACACACCUUUGACGGACGUCUUUCUGCCGAAGCCAGAGGCUGUUGAGGAUGCUUUUCAUGCCCUAAAGUUGAGCGACGAAGACAUAGCCAUAGAUAAGAAUGACACUGGCAAGACGAUGAGCUUGAAGCUUCUGAUCAGCAAAUCCAAGAACAGAGUAUUGUAUGCAGAGGCCACAGAAGAUUUCUUGGACCUUCUGUUCAGCUUCCUCUCCUUCCCUCUUGGAGCCAUAGUAAAUCUCUUGAGGCCAGGUUGUUCCAUUAGAUGUUUGGAUAACUUGUACAAGAGCGUGGAAGAUUUAAGCUGUGGCGACAAUUGUAUCAUAUCCGAAGAAUGCAGAGCCAUGCUACUUGACCCCAAGCUAUCACUCCACUCGGGGUGUGAGAACCAGAUAUUGCCAGUCGUGGAGGCGGCCCCUAAAACAUUCGACAUUUCUCUGUGUGUUCCUUGCGUUUACUGUGGCAGGUCUUGCCACUAUACUUCCUACCGAUGUUUUAAGAGCCUACUAUUGCAUUUCAUAAAUCCAAAGUUGAGUGAUGCAGCCACAGAGACUGGAGGAGGAUUUGUGAAGGGGCCGAAGAUCAUGUUUAUGGUAACGGAUGGGUUGGACGUGGAGCCUUUAUCGGUUAUUUCAGGCAUCUCCAUCCUAGACAGAUACCAGGUGCCCAUCAGUGAUGUGCAGGAGCGAGUAGUAAGUGUAGGCCAGGAUCAGGCUCUCUCUCUACUGAAGGCUGCUUUGUGCUCCAGAACAGUUCUUAGUGAUGUCUUCUGCGGGAAGAAAGUAGAUCAAUCUCAAAUUAAAUUGGAACGUGAUCAAUGACAAUAUCAAUUAGAUGGCUAGGAUAGUCUUAUAUUGAACAAUGUCCUACUUACUAUUAAGCAUAUAUAUUGGCUCUCUUUUGUUGUUAUACAAACUUUGAUUUGUAACUGAUUGAUGGGUGUUUGAGGCUUGAUAUUUAUGGCACACUCGCCAACUUUAAACUCUA